GUACCGAUCAAUCCAUAGCGUCGUAUGCUAUAAAACUCCAGGCAUAGCGAAAGUAUCACUACUGACUAGUCUAGUAUACUCACAGCGCCUAAGAGGAGUAGUGUGAAUGAGUUAAUAAGUUGCAAAAAGCCAUUAUUUAUCCUAUUAAGUAUGGAAAGUGUGAUCCUGAUACUUUGGAUAUUGCCACUCGUUUUCAUUCUGUCGAAGCCUGCAGCCUCUAUCACGUGCGGUAAAGCAACCACCAAUAAGGAACUUUUGCUCAAACAACACCUGCUCUGCAACGGGUACGAUGCUAAGAUACGACCAGCGAAGAGUGAAUUCGACUCGAUCAACAUUACCAUGACGACUUCUGUGUAUGAUUUUGAUGUCUACUUAUACUCAGGCACGAUGGAUCUACACAUGAACUACUGGAUUAGCUGGAAUGAUCCUGCGUUACAGUGGAACGCAUCUGACUGGUCCAACAUUACUGAGUUGCAUCUCAAGCACGACGAAAUUUGGUUUCCCCAUUUCGAGCAUAUUGACUCCGAUUAUGAAGGCAAACCGUCCACGUCCUGCGCUAAUCCGCACUGUAAGUUGCAGGAUUCUGGAAAAUUAAUAUGCCAGCCCGUUUGUACCGUUACGACCGCAUGUACGCCAGACUAUUUGCGUUGGCCUUACCACACACUGGAAUGUCGGAUGUGGUUCUCGAACCACGAUGAGGAGCUGAUAGACGAAAUUAAUUAUGUUUUGAAGACGCAAUACAUCGCUACGAAUGGUAACAAUGCAAAUGGCGAGUGGUGUAUGACAAGGCAAUCAACCAACGAAACAAUGUUAAACGUUCCGGGAGCUACCAAACGAUCGGUCUGGUUGUGGGAAUUUGGUUUAAACCACACUCCGCAUACUGCGCUGGCUACGAUAUACUUUCCAACAUUCGUGAUCGUAAUAUUGAAUAUGUUCAUCUGCUGGAUGCCGUCUCUUGCGAGUGAAAAGACGAAGAUGCUCUUGUUAUCUUUGGUGUGCCACUCACGGCUUCUUCCUGACACGCUUCACAGAUUCGACGAUCUGCCAACCACCGUGGUAUUUAUACUCGCAUCAAUGGCAUUAACUGUGGUGUUGUUUACGAUCACACUGAUGCUUCGCUGGCUCAACGAUCUGCAUGUAACUCCACCAAGAACGAUCAUGCGUUGGAUAAAGCACCUUACCAGCAUGCGUGCGGUCGAUUGGUUCCUCCGGACAGAGUAUCUUAGCCUUGGACACAAACCUGUUGCAACUACCAACUAUGUUGAGCUUAGGGAUUGGCCAACGAUUGUGAAGCUCGCCGAUCGUUGCGUAUUAGUGCUGUAUGGAUUCUUUUAUCUACUGCUCUUUUGGAUGUACAUUCCAUUGCAGCAUGUUGAGAAUAAUUCAAACAAACCUUUUGGCCUUUGUUCUAGUUAAAAACGGACUAACAGAAUCGUUAUAACAAAACAAAUAAAAAAGAAAGGGUUAUCUAAUUUGUGA